CUAAACAGUGAAAAAUUUGACUUGAUCUUCUUGGUCUGGGUCUCCACUUCCCCACAUCCUCUCCGCAUCCACGCCAUUGAUUUUCUUUCCCCUUCCAGGCUUUCCCCAAAGUACUACCAUCUGACUUCUGGAAUCUUUGACGAACUGAGUAUGUCGCAUAAACAUCAAACACGAGUUCUAAGAGCAUGCGAUUUAUGUACUCACUCGAAACAACGCUGCGACGGCCAGCGGCCAUGUCGACGAUGUACAGAGCGUGAUGAAUCCUGUCAUUACACCAAGACAGUCCGUAAACGCGGGCGUCCACCUCGGUCGGAAUCUGCCCGAUAUUUGCGGCAAGAACCUCAUGCAUCUUCCGAGCAUGAACAACCACAAAUCUUGGCUUGGAGCCCACUAGGUACAGACACGUCAGAUAGCUCGUCUCUGCCAAAUGCUUGCGAUCUCAUGGCUCCUACAGAUCGACGACGAUACACUGUCGGAGAAGACCCGAACAGCAUCGCGGAGGUCCUUAAGAGCCCGACUGAUUUCAGUGCCACCAGCCCGUCAUUCUCUACCCAACACGAUACUUUCAGUGAAACUCUUCAGAGCUCAACCAGCGACAUUGCACAAGACUUAAAUGAAAACUCAAUUUUACCCUGUCAAAUAUCCCGGAGUCCUGCCAUCGCUCUGAAAAAUCUUCCUCGGCCCAAAUUUGAUGAACUUUCCAUGCCUGAUGAACGCUCAACAAAAGAACCCUAUAAGUGUUUGGAUAAGAUAUUUCCGUAUUUAAAUGGACUGCUCUCUCGGGAAGAGGCCGCAGAGAUGCUUGACAUUUACUUCGAUGGAGGCUCAAACCAUCUCUAUAAAUCAACAUCGCCCUACAUGUUAGCGCAUGUUCUCCAUCCAUCAUCCCUGCUACAUCAACAUGAUUCACGUUCAUUGUCACCUGCUCUUCUGAUGGUAAUUCUUUUCUGCGUCACGCAAACUGCGGAUAUGAAGACCUUUGACACCCCAGGAGUUCGAGAGCGUACAAGCGUGGAUCUCUAUCGCCUUUCAUUGGACUUGCUUGAGUCAGAAGAUCCAGACAAUUAUUUCCGCACUCCAGAUGGGUGGCAAUUCUAUAGUCAUCCCAAUAGUAGCUCACCGAGCAAUAUUAAAUCGGCUCCCAAUCGCCAGACAUCUGGAAAAGCAUUUCUGCCAAGACAGCUAGGGUCCACAGACAUCAUUCUCGCUGUGACCAUCUUGACCUUGACCAUAUCGGGUGGCCAUUACAAGGCAGACUCACUAAAAUGGAGAGAAAAGCUAACAAGGCUUGUUCGCGCAAGCGGUCUAAGUAUGGAGGACCAGGAUAUUGAUCUCGGCCCCGUGUUUUGCGGGCUGUAUAAUGGUGACUCCACGUUUCGACGAUGGCUAAUUUCGAAAGAAGAGCGCCGGCGUCUGUUUUGGUUGAUUUACUCUUUAGACCGUCACUUGGCCUUGUCUUUCAAUAUGCGACUUAGCCUCCCCGAAGGUACCUUCUGUGUCAGAACGCCGCUGCCUGAGAAAGUGUGGCAAUCACUUGACACGGCUGAUCUGAACAACAUCCCUGCAAGUCCACUAGGACCGCCCGCGCAGAUUUCGGGUUGCGGAUUCUUCGAAUACUUUUUACCAUUGACAACGGUUCUUGGGCACAUUAUUGAUUUACAUCACUAUCGCAGUCACCCCAUAAUGGGAAAUUAUGUCCCCUCAGAUGCUAUUCUUCAUAUCGAAGCCAUGAUAUCCUCGCGAGAGCAAGAGCUAGCCGCACUGGAAACUCAAAGUGAUGAAUUGUUUACGGAUGACUCAGCUGCUAGUGGCUUUCCCCACAAUCUCACUGGUCUACCUGCACAUAUAACUGGAGAGUUUUCUCCCGAUGUCAAAAAGUCUGAAAGAUCAAAGCUGCAAUUGGUUCAGAUUUAUAGCACCUAUCUUUUACAUGUCUUCUACAUCUUACUUCACGGCAAAUGGGACCCAAUUUCAAUGAUUGAAGACAAAGACGAUUGGAUCACUUCUGAAAGUUUCUUGACCUGCGCCUCGCAUGCAUUAAGUGCAACAGGUGUAGUCUCCCAGAUUUUGACUCUGGAUCCAGAAUUGCUCUUCAUGCCUUAUCUCUUCGGCAUCUAUCUCCUCCAGGGAAGUUUUAUCUUACUACUAUUUGUUGAUCGCAUGCCGGAGCUUGGUCCAAAUCGAUCCGUGGAAGAAGUAUGCGAGACAAUCAUUCGUGCCCACGAAGUGAGUGUGGUCACUUUAGAUACGACAUUUCAGAAAAACUUUCGAAGGGUUUUCAGAUCAAUGUUGUAUGAUGCUCAACAGCUUGGUCCUCAUUCAUGGGACGAACACAAAGCCAGACGGAGAGAGCUAUUGUCUUUAUACCGCUGGACGCCGUUGGCCCAUGGACUUGCCUACUAG